ACUCCUGCAUGUGUGUUAAACAUGGAGCUGAGGAUGAGAUUCGUACUGGCAAUGACGCUUAUCUCCAAAGGACUAGCCCUCUCCUGUUAUGCGAAUCAAGGGAAGCCCUCUCUGGGGGAAGUGAAGGAAUGCUCAAAGGACAUGGUGUGUAUCACCCAAACAACGGGCCUAUACUUUGUGGAUAAUCCGAAUUCAGAACAUGUGUGGAGAGAUUGCGGACCAAAGAUUGUGUCUUGUGUUCCGUGGUCCUGGUCUAAUGGUAUGAGGACAGUGACGGGAAACACUUCCUGUUGUGAAACAGAACUAUGCAACAACAAAAAUGACAGCCUCCCAGCAAAAAUACCCUUGGGAGAUCCCAAUGGGAGGAAGUGCUACACCUGUGUGGAAAAGGGCUGCACUUCCCAGAUGGAAUGCUUUGCUGAUCAAACCCACUGCCUCACUGUGGACAACCAGAAGGGCUGUGCCACAGAAAGUGCAUGCAACUUACUGAGUGCACAAAGUUUUGCAAAGAUGUCCUGCUGUAAUUCUACAGACCUGUGUAACAGUGUCAAUGACAUCACUCAGAAUCUUCUCCCUCUUAUUUUGAUGUCCUUGGGAUUAAUCUCUUACCUCUUCUGAGAUGACCCGAUGUUGACAUUGAAUCAUUCAGUCUUCAUACUUUCAUCUCAGUCCCUUGGGUGGAUUUCUCAGAUCAGAAUGGAAAAUCUCUAAACUGUUUGCUCAAACGCCAUAUAAUCUUCUCACUUGUGCACAUCAUAAAUGCAAUUCUCAUUGCUUCAAACCACUUAAUUUUCUACAGAUGCUAAUGUCAUGUUGGUCAAAAUGCAGUCGAGGUUUCCGACCUACGUCAUUGUUUACAGAAGGAUGGCCUGGGUAAUUUUAGUUUGAAGAAUGAUUAUACCUUACCAUCAGGUGGAAGCACACAUUACCCAUAAUGUACUGAUUUGAGGUGGCUAAAGUUAAUGUUAUCUACAGACAAGUUCUGCCUGAUUUGGUAGGAAGACUUUACACCAGGAGUAGUGUUGUGCCUACUGCAGCAACAUUAGGUGAUCAAUGGUGUUACUGCAGAAAUGUGGAUGAUGGCACUAUGAUAAGGUGUAUGGGUAAGCAGUGCAAAAUCAUAAAGUUUCAUAAGGCCUGCACUGGUUUGAACAGGUUUCCAAAAGUGUGGUUGUGCAUUGAAUAUAGAAAGACAGACAAUAAAAAACAACUAAACAUGAAAUGCAUUAGACUACUUACAAUGUAUAACUAUAUUAUUGUUGAUUUAAGAUCAUUUAGUGUGUGUUUGU